ACAGAAGGAAAAGGAGUGGCUUUUUGUAGAUAGCAGUCCUUUCCACCACAGUAAUAGUACUCUGACGGCCUAGGAGGGAAAACACACAACCAAACCAGAAGUGUUUGGAUACAGUGGGAAACGAAAGGAGAGGAAAAUCUAACAUCGGCUCACAUUACUGGACCAUGGCGUCGGCAACCCAACCAAAGAGAAUGGUGUCUUCUGUGUUCAUCACCCUGGCUCCUCCGUACAGAGCCACGCUGACCAAGCCCCAGCACACUCUGCAGACCCACCGGGCCCCGGCCUGGGACCAGCAGCAGGCCGCCGUGCGCGUGGAGCCCCGCGGCGGUGACGGCUUCCGACCGGCCGGCCAAAGACACCGGAAAGACAGCAGCCCGUCUGAGCUUAGGCCCAGCGGGGGUACGGCGCCUGCAGCGACCAGCGGGUCGGACCCCACUGGUCCCACUGACCCACACGUUAGACCAGCAGGGCUGCACAAGGACAGCCUGCCGGAAGAGCACGUUCCCGUAUCCCCUCCUGCACUGCUGUCUCCAAAGCCCUCUGAAGAUGAUGAUGUGUACCUCCCUGGGCUUGCAUCUCACAAAGAGGGAUUCUCCCCUCAGCCCUCAACACCCGCUCACCCACUAAGUCAGAUAAGUCAGCAACAGAAAAGGACCCCAUCUAGUGGAGACGAUUCAGGCCAACAGUCCUAUCGGACCCCACCCAUUGAGGUGGACGGCAUUCUGGAGAGUAACGAGCUGUGCGGAUUCUGUAGGAAGACAGUGGCCCUCGCUGAACCUGCCAUAGAGGCUUUAAACAGGACCUACCACGACAGUUGUUUCCAAUGUAGACAGUGUCAGACCCCACUGGCAGGUAAACUGUACUACAACAAAGCUGGAAUCCCACUGUGUGAGGAAUGCUACCAGGCCAGUUUGGAGCUUUGCUGGGCGUGUGGUGACACAAUCAAAGACCUUGUGAUUCGUGCACUGGAGCGUACGUACCAUCCUGCAUGCUUCACAUGUGCAACAUGUUAUCAGCAAAUUGGAGAGCAAAGAUUUGCUCAGGGAGAGGUUGGCGAAGUCUACUGCAUACAGGACUACUACAGAAAAUACGCCCCCCAGUGUAAUGCCUGUAAGCAGCUGAUCAUUCCCAAAGAAGACGGCACCGAUAGCUACACUGUAGAAUGCCAGGGCAACUCUUUCCAUGAGGACUGCUACCGUUGUGAGAUCUGUGCCAUCCAGCUCUCUCCUGAUCCGAAUGAACAUGGAUGCCAUCCCUUGGAUGGGAGGAUGCUUUGCAAAGACUGUCAUCUGAGCCUGGUUUCUGCCUAGCAAUAACAUCAAAUCAUAAACAAGGAGUGACAAAUAAGAAAGUAACCAUAAUGCUGGUUAAAAAAAGAAAAGGUGAAUGACUUGUCUUGUACAUUUUAAGACUGGAACUUGAAAUGGAAACCUUUUGACCAAAAUGAAAUGAUAAUGGUUAUAUGACCAAAAUGAAUAAUUUAGAAUACAAAAUAUGUAUGCUUUCAUUAGGCCUAUACUUUUUAAUUUUGCACUGUUUAUUUCAUUACACAAUGCACCAGAUAUAUUUAUUCAACAAUUAUGCAAAACACUAUGGUAAAAUGUACAGCAUUGUUUUUAUUGUAUUUUUUUUACAUUCUUACGAAUAUAUCACAAUCAUGGUAUUCUUUUGUAUAAAAAAAAAUAAACUAAUAUAUAUUUUCUGUA